CCUCACUAUAGCUAAUACUGUAACUAAUAUUCAUAGAUAUUAAACUGCAAUGUCGUUAAAAUAGUUCACAAGAGGACUUUUAAUUUUGUAAUCAGAAAAUAUAAUUGUCGUAUAUUUCCAGGAGAAAAUUUGUUCACCAGAAUUGCUUGAGCUUUCUUUUUUUGGGGAAGUAUGCUAUUGUGUACCGUACAUUAAUUUGAUUAUUGCAGUGUAUAUUGUAUAGUCUAUUGAUUAAUUUUUUGUCAUUCAUGAGGAAUAAAUAAAUAAAUAAAAUUAAGUUUUGUAUCAUUCAAUAGUGGAGUUAUCACCGAUUAAAAAUAUCGUGGAGAAACUGUAACCGAACUGGCGGGUAGAUCUGGUAGCAGGCCCAACCAGUUCGGACAUAAACUUAAACCUAGUUAGGAGGUCGGCCCAGUCCUGCCUAUACGACCCUGGAAGCCCUCUGAGCUUGAGUGGGUUAAAAUCUCAACCCCAAUGGGAAAGAGGCACAAACUCCUCCAGGAGACGCAGACCACAGCAGAACUGUUCGACUCUUCCUCUUAUAUAUCUAUAACAUGCCUUAACUAAGUGAGAACAGGGCGACUGGAGAAACAUAACGACUGUUGAAUCGAAAUAGAUUAAAUUUACGACAUAAAUUGAAUAAAUCGAUAUAAUGUAUCCCUCAAUAGUUCGCAAGAAUGUCCAAUUAGUUGUUAACGUUGGAACAUAAAACUCUUCUCAACUCUCAUUAAAUUCAAAUUCUAAUACUACACGAAAUUAAUGCCUUAGACAUCGGCUUAAAAAAGAAACAUAGGUACAUACAUUUAACUACUCUCUACAUUAUGAAAAUAUGCAAUUGUCAUGAACCACAAGGUUUGACAUACCCCCAAACAUCAGUUCCUUCUGAAGAGAAAUAAUUUUUCCCAACUUUAAAAACUAAAAGCUGAUCAGGCAGUUUUGGCUGACAGACUAAAAAUGCUGAGGAGAGGUAGAAGUGGGGCUAGCAUUCUCGUCUCCCCUCCAGCCAGCUAGUGGAAAAAGCUUUCCACUUAUCUUUCUGUAAAAUUACACACUUUUUGAUCGCCUACCUCCUGAGACAGACCGAGCUGGCCCGUGGAUGGUCAUCCCCUGGUUCUCCAUUCAGACCAUGGCAAGUUAGGAUGGACAUCAACAGUAUAACGGCAAAGAAAGCAACAAAUGUUCUUCGAAGGGUUGUCAGUGAUCAUAGUGAAGUAUUAUCCAAUGAAAUGAUGAACACUAUAAACACUUUCAUGAUCACAGUUAACGUCUUUGAUGUACGCAUAGCACCAUUUGGCUGUUACACGAUUAAGAGGGAGAAUGUGAAAAGUGCUGUCUCUUAUUGUUUGGCCUACAUCAUGUUCGUCGUGCAAGUUCAUACUUUUCUCAUAAAAUAAAACUAUUACCGUAUUGAAAUUAAUUCUCAAAAAUAUAGGCUAUAGGUAUUAUUUUCUGUGUGCUACAGAAUGUACAAUGGAGCUGUAAGUGGUUUCAUAGGAAUAAUUGCUAAUAUGGCAAUUAAUUGCUAUACAUAGCAAUAAUUAUUAUUAGUAGGUUGAAAGUCCAUUAUACUAAAAUAUUAAUUAAAAUAUUGAUAUUUGAAUAAAUGACAUA